CAAGUGCAAGAAGGCUGCACAUCUUUCAGCUGGGAAGAAACUUCGGGUAGCCUUUUAUGAAGGUCAAGUAGUGGGUGAUGAUGGAAAUGAAUUCACAAGGUAUAUUGGGAAAAUUGUUCGUAACCCCAAUUUGUGUCCAGUGAGAGUUCACAAAUGGGAAGAUUUGGACUCAGAUAAUGUACGUAGAACAUAUGUUGGCUGUUUUACAGGAGAAGUUAGAGAGCGAGGAUAUGGAAUAAGAGCGUACCUCUACAAUUAAUCAUAUGAAGGAAAUUUGGAGGAAAUGGCGGGGUCAAAUGUUUCAAGAUCACGUACGUAAAGAACAAGUCUAUGGGAGAAGCUAUAAAGAGGGUGCCAAUGAACAUGGAUAAUUAUUUUUUGGAAUGGCUUGUGAGAGUUCAUUACCAUAGUGACAACAAGAAAAUCGAUGGGAAAAAUUCUGAAAACAAAGGUGCAGUAACCAUAUAUGCUACAACGUACGGGAAGUAAGCCAUUUCGACAAAUAAAGUAUGACAUGGGUGGAAGUUCUGGAAAUCCUCCAAGUUUGGAGAAGUUUUGGUUCGACACUCACAAAACAGGAAAUAUCCUAGACAAGCCCGAAACUGUGGAAAAACAUGAAAUGAUCAAGAAGAAAAUUCAAGAAAAUCCAGAGAUGGAGGUAUUUGAUGUUAUAGAAGAAUGUUUUGGGAGGCAAAAUAAAGGAUAUGUGACUGGGUAUGGUGGUUCUAUCAAGCCUAAGGAUCUAAGAGGACCUUUACCAAACAGAUUUGACCUUGAAAUGAAGUUAAAACAAGCUGGAAAAGUUAAUGAAGUGUUACUGGGAAGAAUAGAACACGUGGAAGAAGAAAACAGAACCUUCGCUGCUCGUUUAAAUGAAGUUGAAGCAAAAUUUGAGGGAAAAUUUCAGGCCAUUCUAGAUGCUUUUGGUGAUGAGUAAGGCUCAAGAAAAGCUGAGUAAGCUUAGUGAAUGCUCUGCUAAAGUGCCUCAUUUCUACUGGCUUCCUUGCUGACUGCUCUCAAGUUAAGUUGGUGUUGCUGAUCUGCUUCCUUGCUGACUGCUCUGCUAAAGUGCCUCAUUUCUACUGGCUCAAUCUUCUCUGUUGUAGACUUUCAGUUUGAACUUUUAUAUAACUAGUCAUCAGAUAAACUGUAAAUGAACUUCAUGGUAUUUGUAUGUCUUGUGGUGGUUUUAAUAAUGGGCCACUGCUGUUGAUUUGGAUUUGUGAAACUGGAAAUGACUGCAUGGUGUUUGUAUGCAAUGAUGAUGGCAUUACUAUAUGUAGAAAUCAUUGAUAUUGCUGUGGGAUAUG